AUGUGUAGAUUUGGCACAGAUGACGGCGGUUGUCCUAGCCUAAUGUCUUCAUCUUGUGUUCGUCAACAGAUUGCGGUCGUUCUGGGUUCUUGCACAGCUGGCGGUGCCUACGUUCCAGCAAUGGCUGAUGAAAGUAUCAUUGUGCGUAAGCAAGGCACCAUUUUUCUCGGAGGACCUCCUUUGGUCAAAGCUGCAACAGGUGAGGUAAUCACGGCUGAGGAGCUGGGUGGCGCAGAUCUACACUGUCGUACUUCUGGAGUUACCGAUCACUAUGCCUUGGAUGAUGAACAUGCGCUCCACUUGGCACGUAAAGUCGUGGCCAACCUCAACCGGACCAAGGUCUGCCCCGUCGCCAUGGUUCCACCAGAACCACCACUCUACCCGGCUGAGGAGUUAUACGGUAUCGUUGGUGCGAAUCUUCGCCGCACUUACGACAUUCGUGAAGUGAUUGCUCGUCUGGUGGACGGAAGCCGCUUCUCGGAGUUCAAGUCUCUGUACGGAACCACUCUGGUUUGUGGCUUCAUGGUUGGUCGUGACGCUGAAGCCGGAGGGAUAGCCAAACAUGGUGCGAAACUUGUCACAGCAGUGUCUUGUGCCGCUGUUCCCAAGUUUACGGUGAUCAUUGGGGGCAGUUACGGUGCUGGCAACUACGGAAUGGCCGGGCGGGCCUACUCUCCCCGUUUGUUGUUCAUGUGGCCCAACGCAAGAAUCAGCGUAAUGGGUGGGGAACAGGCCGCCAAUGUACUAAGCCAAGUCCAGUCCGAGCAGCGACUUCGGAAAACCGGGAAAGAACUCACCGAUGAGGAAGUUCGUCAAAUCCGAGAGCCAGUCAUUGAAAAAUACGAACGAGAAGGCCAUCCGUACUACUCCAGUGCUCGACUGUGGGACGAUGGUGUGAUAGACCCGGUGGACACACGAACUGUGCUCGGCCUCGGUUUGUCUGCCGCUUACAAUGCUCCUCAACCCAGGGAACCCUCACGAUUCGGCGUGUUCCGUAUGUGAGCGGACCAGCUCAUUGUAUAGGAAUGAGACUCAUCCACUACUAACAUGAUUGACUAUUUGCUUUCGUCAAACAUCCUUACCUCUUCUACUUUUUUGUUCAAUUUGUGCUUUGUAUUAUCUUGAUUCGAU